GCGAAGCAACGGCAUUAGUUCGCGCGCUUCUUCUUUCUUUCUAAAUCUAGUGCCUCCCCCUCCAGUUCCCUGUUUCCCCCAGCGCCGCCCAAUGGGAGCGGCCGUUCCCUUCUGAGUGCCGAAGGGAAUGGUUCGCGCUGCAGCGUUGCCAUGGUGAUAAAAGGACGCCCCGCGAGGCCAGGUGUGAACUCUCUCGCUGGAGGCUUUUCCCCGCAUAGCGCCGCCUGGGGGCUCGGGCUCGCGCUCAGGAAUUUAUAUCUGGUGCUGGAAAUGUGGCAGUCUUAAAUAAUACUUCAUUGAUUACCUCAUUCCAAGAAUUUAUGUGGGCAUUGCCCCUGAAACAAGCAAAGGAGACUGAGAACAUGCAGUGGAACCUAGAUGCAAAACCUUCAUUGUGCCUAAUUGGAAGUAUGCCAAAAGUAAACAAGAAAAUUGCACGUUUGGAACUGGAGCUGAAAAAAUUCCACGCUAGUGACCUGGUGAUUGAGGACUUGGAAUCAGAGAGAUACUUUGGACAGAAGAGCUUCAGAAGAGAGAAAAAGCACUUCAGAACACCCAGGGACAAAGACAAAGAUAGGAAAGAGAUUAGCAGCUUUGCACAGAAAUAUGAACGCUCUGUGUGUGCGUCCAGCUUUGACUCACUAUGUCAGAUCAAGCUCACCUACAAGAAGCCUCAGGAUACAUUAGAAAAGAACAAGCUGGUUGAACUGUAUCAAUACCCAGGGUUCAAUGAGCAUGAGCCAACACCACUGCCUAAUGGGAUGGAGCUGGCUGACAUCAUAGAGAAGGUGGUGCAUGCCCAGAGAAAGUCAGCAAGUGGGAAGACUCCUUUUCCUUCCAAGAUGCUGCAGAAGUUUCUCACAGCUCCAGUUUCCCAUGCUAUCCUGUUGGACAGCUUCUGGUGGUUUUUUCUCCACUUAUAUCAGCCAGAUAAAAAGAUCCAGGGACGGCUGUUUGAUCGCAUUGCAAAGAAUUAUGCUGCUCUCCUGUUUGACUGUCACAAGUUCUCCAACCACAAAGCUCUUAUUAAAGUUUUCCCUUCAUUGCUGAGCCAAACUUUGUACACCUGCUUCUGCUCCAGCUUCCCAAGAUCUUGGUUCAAUACACAUGAGUUUAAGUCCCAGCUCUGCAAUGUGCUGUCGGAGUGGAUGGCUGGUACAUUGCCUGUUCCAGGGAGCUACAGUAGCUGGGACUACUCCCUGCUGGAACCAGAGAGAUGUAGAAGGGAAGACUUGCUGUCAACAAAAGGAAAGCAGAGGAAAGAAUCCUCUGUCCCCUUUGCUUCGUCAAAGGCUUCUGGCAGUCCAGAAAAAACUCCUCAGCUACCCACUCAAUCAUAUAAGUCCCUGAAAUCCAUUCCUUUGGGCCAAACUGUCAACAAGUAUCAACCUGAUCAAACAUGUAUGGAUCUCAGCUCCAAGGAAGCCGAAUAUGCAUCUACAGUUACGUCCUUGAAAGGCAUCAAUCCUCAUACCAUGCCACAUGAUAUACAGCCUGAAGAGGAUGACCUGAAAAGUGCCCGGAAGCAUCCCCAACACACAUUUGAAACAAAGCAGUUUAAGAUCGCGCCUCUUCACAGAGAGUCACACCCAGCGUGUCAGGGUCCUGACUUCACUUGGCAUCUCUUUAACAUAAAUGGACACAGCCCACUAAUUCAACACUUUCUCCAGAGCUAUAAACUUGAACCACAGUCUGGACAAGACAUCUUUAUUCACAGGAGGGAGAUCUGCAAACCUAUACCUGAGUCCACUCCAACCUAUGCAGAUGUGAUCCAACAAGGUUUUAAUCAUAUCCGCCAGUUGGACAAAGCUUUCAAAACAGUGUACCAGAGACACCGCAGAGAAAUAAAGGAUUUUGACCAGCACCAGUUGAAAGAGAAGCAAGAAUUCCUCAGAAAAGAGAAGCAAUUGCUGUCAGAGAAAGGAGAGAUGAAGAAGCUGAAUCAAAUGCUGACCCCUCUUCAGUUCUGACAAGACUUCAAGUCUGUCACAGAAGUGUCUUUAUGCAGAAACAGCCAUAAAUCAAGCUGCACUCUGAGCAAACCAGAAUUCAAGAUUCCCCGACCAUAAAUUGGCAUAAAUGUCCAUUCAGACUUUCAUUUGCAUCUGAAGGGUGUAUUUUAGGCAGCCCACUCCAAAGCUUUCUUCAUCAAUUAGAACAGACAAACCUGAAAAAAUGGGAAGAACUGAGUUCAAAAGUCUGACUGAUUUCUAAUCUCUUUGAUCUGUAAAACUGGGCUGGAAAAAUAUCACAAGAUUUCAACAAUAGAAGUAAUAUGAGGAUUAAAAAAAGUCACUGGAA